GCGUCAUCUAGAGCGACAGAGGAGGAUCUUUUCCCUAAGCCGAAUCCAGAUCUUCCCGGCACUGCAGCGCUCAGACAGGAGAAUUAUAUAACCAGGAGUCGACCUGAUGGUUUCAGAAUGGACAAUGAUGCCAUUGAGCUGCCUUAUGAGAAGGAAGCGAGUGAUGGAGGAGCACCUAAUUCCCAAAAAGGGUCGGACGACCAGGAGUAUAAAGAUGUUCGGCUGCCUCGUGUGAGUGAGAAGGUUCUGCCAUCCUUGGUGGCGGUUCAAUACGACUCUGGAUAUUGGCUGUCCAUGGUCGAGCGACUAGGCUACGACCAAGCAGUAUACUGCGGUGACGCCGGCCCUAAUCUCGAGUCCCUCUUGCGGUAUUUUGAUUGUACAGCGACAGGGAUGUUGCGAGUGUUUGACAUGUUCGAUCAAGAUCACGAUUCGGAGAUGUCGCCAUCCGAAGUUGCUCGCGGCCUCCGCCAGCAAGCUCUGUAUACGAAGCAUUCUGCGGAGUCCGACCAGGCUUUUCAUGAACUAUGCGGCAUUCUCAUAAGCCGCGGUCUCAAAGGGACCGUGGAGGGUAACCCUGAAGAGCGUAUUAUAAAGCCUCCAGAAUUCGUGGCUGCUCUCAAGUGUUUGAGGAUGGCAGCCCUGCUCCACGCCCCUGAGCAGGCGAAGCAAAUCAGGAUACAUAUUUACGAAUACCGAGAGGAUUUCCUCUAUAGCCGGAACCCCUUGGAGGAUCCGGUAUCGUUCCUAUUCCGACCAACUGCUAUGUCCAGAGUGCUCAACACUAAGAAGAUCCAAAAACCGUUCAGGGUCCGUUGGCUUCAUUCUCAUGAUCCGUCACAAGCUGCUGUGCUGGGUCUCGCUAUCAAAUACGGUUUGGACCCCCGGUUUGUAUUGGAUGUCUUCACGCUAUGGCGCGAGGGGGCUAAAGUCGAUCAUAUCUUUGGGUACAGGCCGACAGGUCGCGGAGAGACGCGGAUAACUCGGAAGAAUCCGCCAUUGUGGUCCAUUAUUAUCAUACCAGUACUGCGGCUUACUCAAACCAGUCGCAAUACUCUGCGGCCAUGGCAAUCGUGGAGAAGGCAGAAACUGCGAAAGGAUUUGCCGAAAGUCGAUAAGACGGUUGAACCACCUAUUGUGAAAGUGGAAGUCGAGCAAUGCAACCUGGCGAUGUUCGUAACGGGUAAAGCCGAAGGUGGUACGCUGAUCAGCUUCUCCAGCGAGUGGGUUACUCUAUGCAAAACCGGUACUGAUCGGGAUGAUGAGGACACAAAGGGUAGUAAUGGUAAGUCGAAGGGGCAUUGGUGGAGUAAGAAAACACCAGCCAAGGAGAUGAUUGAUGAAGAAAAGACGGAGUCGACCGCCGACAGUCGUACAUGGACGAGGUUCCGAACUCUAACGCAUACUAUUACUGAUUGGGAGACUAUGUCAUACGAUAUGAGUAUUUUCCGUAAUGCUCUGGGCAAUCUGAAGACUUCCUAUAGCAAUGUGAGAACUGGUGAUACCCACACCUUACUCUUCAAGAUCUUGUGUGAUAUAACUGAAGACUACAUAUUGGUUGGACAAGCUUACGAUGCAUCUUUGUCUGUACUGCAGAGGAGGCUUGAUAGAGAGAUGGAUAAGUUCUAUCAGAAGGACGUCAAACGGCUGCGUAAGAUCGUCAGGCAACUUGGUCAACUUUAUCGAAUGGUGAGACCCGUCUUAGACGUUCUGGAAACUGCCGUCAGCUACAGACAUUGGAGUCCCGACUCGCAGAUGUAUACCUCUGAUAUUCGGAGCAACACUCAUCGAUUUCUCGAGGAAUCUUUGGCGUUGAGGGAGAACGCCAGGAUGAUGCUCGAGCAAUAUCGACAGUAUUGCGAAUCUAAGACGAGCAAUAUCUUGUAUGUUCUCACUCUGGUUACAACCACCUUCGUUCCCGGGCAGUUUCUCACAGGUGUCUACGGUAUGAAUUUCCAGAAUCCUGUAACGGGUGAUCCGGGAAUGCCUGAGCUGAUGUGGAAGUAUGGAUACUUGUAUUUCUGGCUGCUUCUGCUCACCAUCACGAGCUUGAUUUUCUUCCUCUACCGAAAGAAGAAGUGGAUCUAAAUUGCGUGGCUACUCAUAGUUCCUUCAGACUCGCUCGUUGGCGUUUUCUUGUUCUUACUGGCCACACUGUGGCCGCCAUGAUCGCUCUCUGGCCUGGCCGUGGCGACUACACUAUAUGAUUGUCGUGAUAGUAGCCUUUUCUCCUGUGUCUGCUGGAAUUUCUUUAUGGCGGUCAUUCAGAAGUAUCGAAAGGUGUUACCAUUGUUACAAGCUGUCCUGUUAUCUUUUGCACUACA